UCCCGGCUGCGGCUGGGUCCCCGCGGGAUACGCGCCCGGUAGGGGGCGCCCUGGACCCGCUGGCUCCCUCCGCCCACGGGAGGCGGCCACGGCGCACCAAGCCCGGGGCACUCGAGCGCACAGCCCGGCGGGCCGCAGCGGGGAGGUGCGGAGCGCGGCGAGGGCGGCUGCGGGAGCCAGCCGCCGCCCCUGCGCUCCGGGGCUGCGGGGCGCAUGGGGCGCAGGGGACUGGGAACCUUUGCAGGCUGUGCGCCCGGCCGCCUGCUGCGGUGAGACGCGGCACCGGACGCCUCCAGAGCCCGGGCAGUCGGGAGUAUGACCAUGGCUGGGGGCCGGCGGGGACUGGUGGCCCCGCAGAACACGUUUCUGGAGAACAUCGUGCGGCGGUCCAACGAUACUAAUUUUGUGUUGGGGAAUGCCCAGAUAGUGGACUGGCCCAUCGUCUACAGCAAUGAUGGAUUCUGCAAGCUCUCUGGCUACCACCGGGCAGAAGUAAUGCAAAAAAGUAGCGCCUGCAGUUUUAUGUAUGGAGAGCUGACCGAUAAGGACACCAUUGAAAAGGUGCGCCAGACCUUUGAGAACUACGAGAUGAAUUCCUUUGAAAUCCUGAUGUACAAGAAGAACAGGACACCUGUAUGGUUUUUUGUGAAGAUUGCGCCAAUCCGGAAUGAGCAGGAUAAAGUGGUUCUGUUCCUCUGUACCUUCAGCGACAUAACCGCAUUCAAGCAGCCAAUCGAGGAUGACUCAUGCAAAGGUUGGGGGAAGUUUGCUCGGCUGACCAGAGCUCUGACAAGCAGCAGGGGUGUCCUGCAGCAGCUGGCCCCCAGUGUACAGAAGGGCGAGAAUGUUCACAAGCACUCACGCCUGGCAGAGGUCCUGCAACUGGGCUCAGACAUCCUGCCCCAGUACAAGCAAGAGGCGCCAAAGACCCCCCCUCACAUCAUCUUACACUAUUGUGUCUUUAAGACCACGUGGGAUUGGAUCAUCUUGAUCCUGACCUUCUACACGGCCAUCCUGGUCCCUUACAACGUCUCCUUUAAGACCAGGCAGAACAAUGUGGCCUGGCUGGUGGUGGACAGCAUUGUGGACGUCAUCUUUUUGGUGGACAUUGUCCUGAAUUUUCAUACCACCUUUGUGGGGCCAGCGGGGGAAGUGAUAUCUGACCCCAAGCUUAUCCGCAUGAACUACCUGAAGACGUGGUUUGUGAUCGACCUUCUGUCCUGUCUGCCCUACGACGUCAUCAACGCUUUUGAGAACGUGGAUGAGGUUAGUGCCUUUAUAGGUGAUCCAGGGAAGAUUGGUUUUGCUGAUCAGAUUCCACCACCACUGGAGGGGAGAGAGAGUCAGGGCAUCAGCAGCCUGUUCAGUUCUCUGAAGGUUGUGCGCUUGCUCCGUCUCGGGCGAGUGGCACGCAAGCUGGACCAUUACAUCGAGUAUGGAGCUGCGGUUCUGGUCUUGUUGGUGUGCGUGUUUGGGCUGGCUGCCCACUGGAUGGCCUGCAUCUGGUACAGCAUUGGGGACUACGAGAUCUUUGACGAAGACACCAAGACGAUCCGCAACAAUAGCUGGCUCUACCAGCUGGCGAUGGACAUUGGCACUCCAUACCAGUUCAACGGGUCUGGCUCGGGCAAGUGGGAAGGCGGGCCAAGCAAGAAUUCUGUCUACAUCUCCUCCCUGUACUUCACCAUGACCAGUCUCACCAGCGUGGGCUUUGGGAACAUCGCCCCGUCCACAGACAUUGAGAAGAUCUUCGCGGUGGCUAUCAUGAUGAUUGGCUCUCUUCUGUAUGCCACCAUCUUUGGGAACGUGACAACCAUUUUCCAACAGAUGUACGCCAACACCAACAGGUAUCAUGAGAUGCUCAACAGUGUCCGGGAUUUCCUGAAGCUCUACCAGGUGCCCAAGGGGCUGAGCGAGCGGGUCAUGGACUACAUCGUGUCCACCUGGUCCAUGUCCCGAGGCAUUGACACAGAGAAGGUCCUGCAGAUCUGCCCCAAGGACAUGAGAGCUGACAUUUGUGUGCACCUGAACCGCAAAGUGUUCAAGGAACACCCCGCCUUCCGACUGGCUAGCGAUGGCUGCCUCCGGGCCCUGGCCAUGGAGUUCCAGACUGUGCACUGCGCCCCAGGGGACCUCAUCUAUCAUGCUGGGGAGAGUGUAGACAGCCUCUGCUUCGUGGUCUCCGGCUCCCUGGAGGUGAUCCAGGAUGACGAGGUGGUGGCGAUCCUAGGGAAAGGAGAUGUGUUUGGAGAUGUGUUCUGGAAGGAAGCCACACUUGCACAGUCCUGUGCUAAUGUCAGGGCCUUGACCUACUGUGACCUACAUGUGAUCAAGAGGGACGCCCUUCAGAAAGUGCUAGAAUUCUAUACAGCCUUCUCCCACUCCUUCUCCCGGAACCUGAUUCUCACCUACAACCUGCGGAAGAGGAUUGUGUUCCGGAAGAUCAGCGACGUGAAACGGGAAGAGGAGGAGCGGAUGAAACGGAAGAAUGAGGCCCCCCUCAUCCUGCCUCCUGACCACCCCGUCCGGAGACUGUUCCAAAGGUUCCGUCAGCAGAAAGAGGCCAGAUUGGCAGCAGAGCGAGGGGGGCGGGACCUGGAUGACCUAGAUGUAGAGAAGGGCAACGCCCUCACGGACCACACCUCAGCCAACCACAGCCUGGUGAAGGCCAGCGUGGUCACCGUGCGUGAGAGCCCUGCCACGCCUGUGUCCUUCCAGGGGGCCUCCACCUCCACAGUGUCAGACCAUGCCAAGCUGCACGCUCCAGGAUCUGAGUGCCUCGGUCCCAAGGCAGGCAGCGGUGACUGCGCCAAGCGCAAAGGCUGGGCCCGCUUCAAAGAUGCCUGUGGGAAAGGGGAGGACUGGAACAAGGUCUCAAAGGCAGAGUCCAUGGAGACGCUGCCCGAGAGGACAAAGGCGUCAGGAGAGGCCACGCUGAAGAAGACAGAUUCCUGUGACAGCGGCAUCACCAAGAGCGACCUGCGCCUGGACAAUGUGGGCGAGGCUAGGAGUCCCCAGGACCGGAGCCCCAUCUUGGCGGAGGUCAAGCAUUCUUUCUACCCCAUCCCUGAGCAGACGCUGCAGGCCACAGUCCUGGAGGUGAGGCAUGAGUUGAAGGAGGACAUCAAGGCCUUGAAUGCCAAGAUGACCGCCAUCGAGAAGCAGCUCUCUGAGAUACUCAGGAUACUAAUGUCCAGAGGGUCUGCCCAGUCCCCUCAGGAGAUGUGUGAGAUCUCCAGGCCCCAGUCUCCAGAGUCAGACAAAGACAUUUUUGGAGCAAGUUGAGAGGAUCAUUGACAAACAAACUAUCAAAAAUCAAAGACAAAAAGCCCUUGCCCUCGACGCCCCUCACCACACCGCCCACAUGACCAACAAUUUUCAAAAUAAGCUUUUCCUGUCAGGAAGUCAAAGUGGGACCAAAGGGCACGGUGUGGCUGUGAGGUCUCUGGAAAAUAUAAGCAGGAACGCGGCCAGGCGCCCACCCUGCAAGAUGGCAGUUGCGUUUCACCAACUCCUGAGAGCUGGGGAAGAAGGAGCACGCCGUCAAUCUGAAGAGUGCUUCCUUUAGAAUGUCUUACCAAUGUGAUGGAAGCCAGCCCUGGAGACACUGGUGGGAGAGCCCCAGGAACCCCUCGGGAACAGCCCUCUGAAGACCACACCAGGCACCGGGACUUCUGGGCCUUCACCACCCCUGUGCAGCCGUGUAUGACGUCACCACCUGUUUUUCUAUUCUCGUCAUUUCUAACAAGCUCUCGUUAAGGGGAGCCUGACGGAUGGGAGAGCCUUCCCACUUUGUGGCAGAGGUGGAGAGUCUGGUACUGUACCACGGACAUGCGGGCUGGGCUCCUCAGGUUUCCUUGCCCAGAAGAGGUGAGGCCAGGGUAAGCUGAGAGGGCCCUCAGCUCUGAGCGGGCUCUGUUGUGUGGUCCACAGCCUGCUCUGUGGGAUGGUUGAUGUGGAUGCUCCCAGCUCCAGAUAACCCCCUGGCACUGAGCCAAGCUAUAGACCUCACAACGUGGGACUCUCUGCUGCUUCUCCCUCGUCCUCCUCCUGAGCUUGCCCAGGGUGUGGGGCAUUUAAGAAAGGGGCAGGAGCCCGGCAAUGCUUUCCUAACAAAGCAGACACACACACACACAACCUCAAAAAUGAAUGUAGCAAGUACUAGCUUUCUAUUUUGAUUCUCAUGGGAUGUUUGUCCAGUGCAUGGGAUCAUUCAAGGUCACAUGGGAGCCACAGUUAGCCUUAUUUGAAAGUCAACCUAUUUCCUACUCUAAAAAUAAUGGCAGGACCAUGAUUAUUCUCUUAGGGAGCUG